GACUGACUGCCCUAUGGACUUCAAACUACAGCAUCAGAUAUAAAGACCAUUUAACCAGCUUCCACACUUGUGUAGGGUCAAACCCUGUAACAAAUCCCUUUGUGUGUAUAAAUACCUCCUAAUGGUUUUCUGUUCCCCUAACUGAAUCCUGAAUGAUACCACAAACUGGGUUACAUAGAAGAGGUAUCUAAAUCUAACUGGGAAAAUAAGUAUAGGUCAUAAGCUGGUGAUAUACCACUGCAAAAAAUAAAUCUAAAUCUAGGUUUAAGCUAAUGAAUGACUUCGUAGUUUUCUUGCUACUAUUUUGCAUCAUAGUUUCUUUGGUCUUGGUAUGGUUACUCCCUAUUCAUGAAGGCAAACAAAAGGCCCUGCUAUAAUUCAGUUUAGUAGAAGUGGAAACAUUCAUUUAUAAUUAUAAUCAUUAUUGUUUAGAGGGUUUUUUUGUAAUACCUUUUGUGAUAGUUAAGAUUGUGUGUCAACUUGGCUGGGCCAUGAUUCUCAGUGUUUAUACGUGAUCACCCCUGUGAUGGGAUCUGCUGUGAGCAGCCAGUUGAAGCGGAAUUUCCUUGGGCAUGUGGCCUGCGUACAAAUAUAAGUGGAUGUUCUGGCUUUUGCCUGCACUGGAUCCUGCAGCUGCCUCCUGCAGCUUACCUGCCAAUCUCGGGAUUUGUAAAUUUUCAUAGCCUGUGAGCAAGAGCCCUGCUUUCUGACCUGAUCGUGGGUUAACCAGCCCGUGCAGCUGUGUAAAUGAGGAGAGGCCUUGCAGUCUUGCCUGCCAGUCUUGAGAUUUGUAGAUCUUCACAGCCUGUGAACAAGAGCCCUGCUCUUCAACCUGCCAAUCUUGGGUUCACUGGCCCCUACAGCUACAUGAGUUAGGAGAAGACUCUAUCCUGAUCCGUAGACUUGGGCCGUUCCAGCCUCUUUUAUCACGGGAGCGGUUUCCUUGAUAUAAAUCUUUCUCUCUAUAUAUAUUUAUACCCUUUACUGGUUUUGUCUCUCUAGAGAACCUAGCCUCAGACACCUUUACAGUUCAAAAAUGCUUUUAAGAGUAUAAGACAGGUACUAUUAUCUUCAUUUCACAGAUGAGACAGAGAAUCAGAGAAGUAAGUGCUUUAUUCAAAUUCACAAUGCCAGGAAGUGCAAGGCCAGGUCUUAAAACUAACUGCUGCCAUAUUAUGAUGGGUAUUCAGAUUGGGCAGUUUUUUCGUUUUUGUUUUUUUUAAGAUGUGGGCCUUUACUUCAAGGAACUUAUAAACUGAUGGAAAAAUGGGCAUUUAAACAACUAAAAUGCAAGUUAUAUUUAUGAUGAAUAUUAUUUACCAUCAUAGUCCAGGCCUUACAAUCAAAACCAAAAACCCAUUGCCAUGAGUCAAUUCUAACUCAUAGGGACCAUGUAGGACAAAGUAGAACUGCCCCAUAGGGUUUCCAAGGAGCGGCUGGUGGAUUCAAUCUGUGGACCUUUUGGUUAACAGCCAAGCUCUUAACCAGUGCACUACUGGGGCUUUGGCCUUAUGACAGUACCUCCCAAAAACCCAAACCCACUGCCAUUGAGUCGAUUCUAACUCAUAGAGACCUGGUAGGACAGAGUAGAACUACCCUAUGGGGUUUCCAAGGCUGUAAAUCUUUACGGAAGCCAACUGCCAUAUCUUUCUCUUGCAGAGUGGCUUGUGGGUUCCAACUGCUGACCUUUUGGUUAGCAUCCAAGCGCUUUAACCGCUGCACCAGCCGGGCUCCUCCACCAGCGCCUAGCACACUUAGUAUUUGUUGUCAAGUAGGCAAAUGAAUGAAUGAAUAAGUAUAAUUUAUAAUCAGGUGUAUACAUGGGAACAUAGAAGAGAAAACAGUUGAUUCUGACUGGAAGCAUGAGAGAAGUAAUUCAAGAUGAACCUGAAGAUAGAGUACGAUUUUAAAAUAAAUAAGUAGGUUGGAGCGUUCCUAAUAGACUAUAAAAUGUGACCAAGAACCUGAAGCCUGGACAGUCAGUGCUAAUAAUCAGUUGUCACUGGAAUGAGAACAAAUGAGUCUUCAGAAAGUUUGACUGAGGCCAGAUGGAAGGGAUCUUUAAUGAAUGUCUUGUUAAGAAAUUUGAUUUUUAUUUUACAGGUAGUAUUUUUUUUUUUAAGUAUGUGAGAUUAAUUGAAGAAUAAAACCUUCAUAAUUCUUUUCCUCUGCCUCAAUAUUUUGUUUUGAUUUUAUAGCUCUAAUCAGAUCCUCAUAAGCUUUGUGACUACAUGUCUUUUUUUCCUUUCAAGACAGAUAAAAAGAUAAACAUCAGAACAGCCAAAUGCCCAGUCUGAUCAAUAUCGUUUUAGCACCAUGGUGAUUAUUUUGAAAAUUUGAAUUUUGUUGUUCUUUGUGGAUAUUCAGAUUUUAAGAAACAUUAAUUUAACGUAUUCUUCAUAUUUUAUGAUACGAGUAAAGUAUAUUUAGCUUUUUUGAAAGAAAAUAGAAUAUUUUUAAUUGAUACAAGUUAAAAAUUUGAAUUUUAUUCUCUAGAAAAAUGAAAGCGUAAGUAGUCUUCCUAAGCCUUUUUUAGUUCUGAUUCAGCUCAACCACAUAUGCCAUGACAUGCACUUUAAUCGUCAAAAAAUGCUGGUCAUCAGUGGUUUGCCCAGCACUGUUCAUAUACUGAGGGAGGGAAGAGAGUGCUGCAUUGGUCUAUAUAUGGGGAAAUAUAUAUUUUUAAAAUUUUAAUGUGAGGAGCUUUGAGUUUUUCUAUUUCUUGGACACUGUGUAGCAGUUCAGUAAGAUGUGGCUGCUGCCUACUACCAGUUACAAACCAUUAUUUCUGGAAGGAAGAGAGAGUAGCGUGAUUGCCAGGGUGAGGGGUAAAAGAGAGAAAGGUGUUAGAAAAGGUAGGACUUGUCUUAGUUAUCUAGUGUUGCUAUAACAGAAAUACCACAAGUGGAUGUCUUCAAGAAACAGGUGUUUAUUCUCUCACAGUCUAGUAGGCUAGAAGUCCAAGUUCAGGGCAUCGGCUCCAGGGGAAGGCUUUCUCUCUCUGUUAGCUCAAUCUUCCCCUGGUCUAGGAGCUUCUCAGGCCCAGGGACCCUGGGUCCAAAGCACGUGCUCUGCUCCCAGUGCUGCUUUCUUGGUGGUAUGAGGACCCCUAAAAAUAUCUGUCAACUUGGCUAGGCCAUGAUUCCCAGUAUUGUAUGAUUGUCAACCAUUUUGUCAUCUGAUAUGAUUUUCCUACGUGUUGUAAAUUCUACCUCUGUGAUGUUAAUAAGGCAGGAUUAGUGGCAGUUAUGUUAAUGAGGCAGGACUCAAACAAUAAGAUUGGAUUGUGUUUUAAGCUAAACUCUUUUGAGAUAUGAAAGAAUCAAGCAGAGAGACACGGGGACCUAUUACCACCGAGAAAGUAGUGCCAGGAGAAGGGUGUGUCCUUUGGACUCGCGGUCUCUAUGCUGAGAAGCUCCUAGUCCGGGUUAAGAUUGAUGAUAAGGACCUUCCUGCAGACCCGACAGAGAGAGAAUACUUUCCCUUGGAUCUGACACCCUCAAUUCGGACUUCUAGCCUCCUAGACUGUGAGAGAAUAAACUUCUCUUUGUUAAACCCAUCUGCUUGUGGUAUUUCUGUUAUAACAGGACUAGAUGACUAAGACAGGACUUUAUAAUGUAAUUUCUAGAACCAUUUCAAAACCUGAUUAAAGUUUUGUUUCAGAAUAUUUUGUUUAAGCCCUUAAAAACAAAUUAUGAAGAGUUUUUAAAUUUAGGAAAGUUAAAAUAAAAAUAGGUGUUGGUGGUCACGAGGGUAAAACUGAAAUGACAUAUAGUAUGUUAUUAGUUCCAAGGCCAAAGAUUAGUUGAAGGUCUAUUUAAUUAGCACAAUAUCACAAGGACUAUGAAAUACUGUGUUAUAGUGUUUAUUCAAUGUAUGGUAUUAGGACAACCAGGAAACUGUCUGAAAAAAUUUAAAUUGGAUCUAUGCCUCAUGUUUCAUACCAGGAUAUAUUCCAAAUGGAUCAAAGAUCUGAAUGUAAAACAAAAAACUAAAGCUAUUAAAAUACUACAAUAAACCAUGGAAGAAUUAUGAUCUCAGUGGGGUAGGAAAAGGGAUUGUCUUUUUAAGUAUGAUACAAACUCAGAAGCCAUAAAAGAAAUUUGGUUAUGUAAAAAUACACCAUUGCUACACAAUAAAAACCACCAUAAGUAAAGUCAAAGGACAAAUGACAGUUCAUAUCAUAGACAUGAUACUAAUUUUCCUAAUAUAGUGAGGUCCUAAAAAUGGAUUUUUUAAAAAGCCGAAGGAAAGGAUUAGAUAGUUCACAGAGAAAAUAUAAACACCUCUUAAUUUGAUGAAGAGAUCCUAAACUUCACUUACUCAAGUUAAAUGGUCAUUAAAACUACAGGAUCAUACCAUUUUUUGCUUUUCAGAAUGGAAAAAAAAAAAAGGAGAUUUAACAAUGUACUAUUGCAGUUGUUAGUAAGUCUGUGAGGAAUAAAUACUGCUACUCAUUCCUGGGGAGGGCAUAAAUUUGCAAGACUUUCGUUGUGGUUUUGAAACUUUUUUGCCUGUGACCCAGAAUACGUUCUUUUUACAUUGUGAUCCAGCACUGGUGCAUGUAGAACUGAAACAAAAGUUUCACAGAGCAGCACUGACCCUUAUUAUAUAGGAUGUACUGGUGCUUUCCAUUUUUCUUUAUUCUGUUUCUUUCUUUGUUGUUUUCUAAUGCUGGUUGUGACCCACUAAGUAGAUUUCUCUAGGUUGCUACAGAGGAGGAAACUACAGCUUGAAAAACAGUGCUGGAUUGAACGUAUGUUGGAAAUGUUUCAAUAGCCCUGGCACCCCACCUCAUGUCCUCUUGGCCUGUCUUUGUGCUCCAGUCAUUGCUGCAGCACUGAGCUGCACUCAGCUGUGAUCUGACAGCAUUUCAUCUCAGUCACAUCAUAUGUAUUUCUCACUUUCUGUCCUGAGGCUUUAUUGCUGCACCACCUGGAAUACUUGCAGUUUAGCAAUUCUGGCAUGUGUGCGUACCUGGACAUGAAAGGAUGUUAACACCUCAGGGGCAACCUGAGGUGUUAAUACCUUGUCCAGUGGAAGAUGGGAGCCAGUAUUUAAAUGAUCUCCCCUCUGUCCUUUGAAUGGAUAAUUCUCCAUGGCUCUCCAGAGGGUCCCCAGCAAGAUUGAGCCCAGUUGCCUACAGUAAUCAAUAGCUAUAUCACUUACCAAAUUUUAAUGUAUACACAAAACACUUGGGGAUCUUGUUUAAAUGCAGAUUUUAAUUCAGUAAGUCAAGGGUGAGACCUGAGAUUCUGCAUUUCUAACAAGCUCCCAGUGAUGUCAAUAACUGUGGAUUACACUUUGAGUAGCAAGAAGCUAGAUAGCAUACCCUUGGGUUGGUUUCCCUCCUUCCAUGUUUCACUCUUUCUAGUGCCUUUGAUUUCCUUGAGAUCACUUCCCAAAAUAACUUUGCAUACAAGCCUGUUACUCAGGCUCCGUUUUAUUGGCAGAACCCAGGCUAAGGCAAGUAGUCGUCACCAAGCAACUUGUCAUGAAUUGAAUUGCGUCCUCCCAAAACAUGUGUCAACUUGGCUAGGCCAUGAUUCCCAGUAUUAUGUGAUUGUGCACCAUUUUGUCAUCUGAUGUGAUUUUCCUAUGUGUUGUAAAUCGUACCUCUAUGAUGUUAAUGAGGCAGGAUUAGAGGCAGUCAUGUUAAUGAGGCAGGACUCAAUCUAUAAGAUUAGAUUGUAUCUUAAAUCAGCCUCUUUUGAGAUAUGAAAGAGAGAAGCAAGCAGAGAAACAGGGAGACCAUACCACCAAGAAAGUGGUGCCAGGAGCAGAGCAUAUCCUUUGGACCUGGGGUUCCUGCGCAGAGAAGCUCCUUGACCAAGAAUGAUGAGAAUGCUGCUUUUCUUCUGAUGGAAAGUGACAGACUAAUCAUGAGUCUACCCAGGGUGAAGUGGACAGAAGUAGUACUGACUAUGGCAUCUCGGCUCCAAGAAGAGUGUAUCGCAUUUAUUGUAGUAAACUUCUCCAGGAUCAUUCAGAGUGAAAAUUUUGCUCUUCUGUUACAGUCACAAGCAAUGAGCAGCACAGCUGAUCUGUUGGAAAAAGUUUUGAAAGCAAUUGAAGAAAACAUUACCACUGAGAAUAGUUGCUCUCUUCUUAUGGCUCUGGACACAUUGCUGAACUCUGACAGUACAAAGGAAAUGGGUUUUACGUGCAAGAUCCAGGCUCUGCGCGAUAAGCUGUGGGUCUUCCUGGUACAGUCUUUCUAUGCUGUUCGUCACACAGAAAGCUGGAAGCUGAUGAGCACAGAUGACCAACAGAAAAUCCAAGCAGCUGCAUUUGACAAGGGCGAUGACCGAAGACUGGGCAAAAAGCCUGUAUUCAGUAGCUCUCAGCAAAGGAGACAAGUUUCUGACUCUGAUGUUAUAAAAAACAAAUCUUUGAGGGAAGAUAACAAGAAAGAGUGUUGGAGUUAUCCCUCUCCCAGUCAAAAGAUGAAAUCCGAUGGGUUAGGAGCAUCUGGACAUUCAUCAAGUACUAAUAGAAAUACUAUAAAUAAAACUUUGAAGCAUGAUGAUUUAAAGGAAAAGAAUGGUACUAAAAUAGCAUCUAAGAUUACAAAAGAUUUAAAAAGUGGAGAAAAAAUGGUUUCUGGGAAGCCCAGAGCUCUAAUUAACCUUAAAACAGAAAACAGUGAUAAUGCAAAGUCAGAAAACACGUCUCCUAGACAAGUUGUGGAAAGAUCAGCGGCAGCAUAUGGACAGAAGAAUUCAUUCAGUGGAAAAGGAGUGAAAAAUCAGGAAGGGCAAAUUACAGGUGCCAGGCCCAAGGUACUCUCCGGAAGCUUAAAUGUACAUGCCAAAACAAAGCCUUUGAAGAAAGUAACAGGGAAGGAUUCCCCAAGCCUCAGCAUCACAGGACUCUCCAGCAAAUCUUCCAGUUCAAGUAUGGAAUUAUUGAUUUCCUCUGAAUGUCUGUAUGAGCCGAAAGAAAAUGAAUCGAUAAGAGAGGAGAAGCCAUCAGAUCAUAAGCUGUCUUUUUAUGACUCUCAAGGACAGACAAUGAAAACCAGAGUGGAAAGUGUCAAAACUUCCACUGUAGUAAAAUCUCGACCUGUUUCAAGGGCUUCCAGUGGAACUCCCAGUAAAAAAAGCAUUCAUGAACAGGAAACUAAUAUAAAUAACAGUGUGUUAAAGAAGGUCACUGGCAAAGGACCUAGUGACCCAGCGCCACAGGCAGUUUUGAAGAAAAGAGGAAGUGGCAAUGGAUGUGCUACAGCUCAGCACAGGACAAAAAGUGCCCCAUCUAAUCUUGCCAAAACCCGAGGAUGUCAAGGAGAGUCACCAAACUCACUAAAAUCUUCAGCCUCUUCAAGGCAGUCUGAAGGAAAUGUGACAAAGUUGGAUCACAAUGCAACAGAUAAACAGACACCUAAGAGAAAAACCAUCAAGCAGGGACAUACAACUUUGCCCAAGGUUAAUACAAAAAUAGUGGCAAUGCCUAAAAGCCUAAGUCAGUCAAAGAAAGGGCAAACUUUGAAUAAUAAAGAUGCAAAACAGAAAAUACUUUCUGGACAGGUUACCUUGAGGACUCAGUCUUCUCAAAGACCUUUAAAAAGUGAAACAUCUGUCCAAAAAAGUGUGGUUCGUGAUGUACAUGAUAAGAAGGGCAGCGUUUCUAAACAGAAGUCUCACAUACCUCCAGUUAAUAAUAUACCUGAAAUUAACGGUACAGAAGCACCCCUGGCUUCAUCCAUACCUGACUUACAAAAGCCAGUAAACAAUCAAGAAAAAGAGAAGUCAGUGGUAGAAUGCCAAAAUAUUUCGAAGCUGGAGAAAUUAGUAAAACAUGAACUGGAAUCAAAACAGAUUUGUUCAGAUAAAAGUGAAGCGAAAUUUCCUGAUUACAGAGAAACAGAUAAUUGCCAUGCAGCUGAAACACAUUCUUGUUGUGAUGAGAGGGAUAAUGUAAAUUUAAAAAUUUGUAGCACCACUGCCCUGAAAUCUGUGAUUUCAAAUCCAGGUGAUAACUCCUUGAACUCUAAUCUAACUUAUGGUUUAGACUCAACGAAUGAAGAGCAAAUCCAUUUAAUAUCAGAGAGUGAGCACCAAGAGGAGAGAAAAGAUACAAACCAAAAAUCAGCCAUUAAAUGUGUGAAAGGAUUUUUACCUUGUGUUCCUGAAAGGACAAAUGCUACUUUAAAUUCUGUUCAAGACGACAGAAAAUGCAGAAUUCCUGCGGAAACACUGACACUUCCUAGUCAGUUGUCUGAUGACCCUGCUAUAAAUACAGACAGACGUGCUACAGUAGGUUCAGAUAUUUCCUCUAAAUGUUUUUCGGGACAAAUACCAGGCAAAAAUUCUCCUAAAGAUAUGGAAACCACAGAAACCCCAGAGAGCCAUGCAGCUUUAGAAGCUCCAUUCGUGGGUCCCUGGAGUUUGAGUACCAGCGUUCUGCAUCAGAGAGAGAGCCCGGAAUCUGAUACUGGCAGUGCCACCACAUCCUCUGAUGACAUAAAGCCCAGAUCUGAAGACUAUGAUGCUGGAGGGUCUCAGGAUGAUGAUGGGUCUAAUGAUAGAGGCAUUUCGAAAUGUGGCACUAUGCUGUGCCAUGAUUUUCUUGGAAGAAGUAGCAGUGACACCAGUACUCCUGAAGAAUUAAAAAUAUAUGAUAGUAAUUUAAGAAUUGAAGUAAAAGUGAAAAAGCAAAGUAGUAACGAUCUUUUCCAAGUUAAUUCCACAAGUGAUGAUGAGAUUCCUAGGAAAAGGCCAGACAUCUGGUCUCGUCCUGCAGUAGUCCACCCUAGGGAGAAAGAAAAUAUUCCACGAGGCAGUGUCUUGUGUGCUCAGGAAAUAGAUCAAGUUUCUUCCUCAGCAGAUGAAACAGAAGAUGAAAGGUCUGAAACAGAAAAUGUUGCCGAAAGUUUUCCUACGUCUAACCAAGCUCCUCAGCCGUUUCAGGGAAUAAUUAAUUUAGCUUUUGAAGAUGCAACUGAAAAUGAAAGUCAUGAGUUUUCGGCAACUAAAAAAUUUAAAAGAUCAGUUUUACUUUCAGUAGAUGAAUGUGAAGAGCUGGGGUCUGAUGAAGGGGAAGUUCACACUCCCUUGCAGCCUUCAACAGAUUGUCUUUCACCUUCUGCUGUUUUUGAUGGCAUUUCUCAUGAACAGCACGGAAGGACCGGCUAUCCCAGAUGUGUGCAAGAAACUGAAAAUAGUAUUUUAGCAUGUAAACAAGGUAAAGGCAAUAGCGUACAUACAAAUGAAGGCACUCUCUCAGGUCUUAGCAGCAUUGGCUCUUCUAGAAAAGAUCAGCGGAGUGCUUCAGCCACAGAAGAAAAGAACACAAUAGAUGUUCUGUCCAAAGGAAGCAGACAGCUUCUUCCAGAAGAUUCAGAAGUAAAUACUGGAAGUGAUACAAAUGUUGACUUUCAGCAACACAGCAAACUUUCAGAUAGUGAUAUAAAAAAUCAAGAAAGACCAUGUCAUUUGGAGCUUCAUCAGAGAAAACCCAAUUCUGACAUACCAAAGAACAGCUCUACAAAAUCUAUAGACUCCUGUCGGAGUCAAGUUCUGCCUCAGGAAGGUCAAGUGAAAGAGAGCCAUCCCACAGCUACCGAAAAAGCCAAUAUUGCUUUACCUGCAGGAGACAUAGAUGAUUGUGACACACUGGCACAAACCUGCAGGUAUGACCAUCGGCCUUCAAAAACCCUCUCUCCAAUAUAUGAGAUGGAUGUAAUUGAAGCUUUUGAGCAGAAAAUGGAAUCAGACUCACACUUUAUGGACAUAGAUUUUGAAGAUGAUCAACAUUUUGCAAAACAAGAUUGGUCACUACUAAAGCAACUGCUCUCUGAAGAGGAUUCAAACUUGAAUAUUACAAAUUCUGUUCCUGAAGACUUAAAUUUAGCACAGUAUCUAAUCAAUCAGACACUACUUUUAGCACGAGACAGUUCAAAACCUCAGGGCAAAGCACAUGUUGACACUUUGAACAGAUGGAGGGAAAUAACAUCUCCACUUGAUGAUUCCUCAGCAAGCAUCACCAUGGCUAGUUUUUCCUCUGAAGAUUGUUCACCUCAAGGGGAAUGGACAAUUCUGGAACUGGAAACUCAGCAUUAAGAGUGUUAAAUUUCUGGAAAAUUUUAAACUAUGCCACUCUUUUCUUUUUUGAUGCUUAUAUUGUAUCCACAUGAUAAUUGCAUUAGCCAGACAUAGACUGCCCUUAAUAUUGAGGGAUUUUUUCCAAUUAUAGUUUAUUUAUUAAUACAAUAUCACAUGUAGAAAAAAGUGUUUUUCUAAAAUUUUUGUGCAUGUUUUCUGUAAUUAUGAGAGAAAUUAGAAGACUUGUAAAGAAACCCUAGCUUUGUUUUUUCUUUCCUAACUGAUCAUUUGUUCACUUGUUUAUAAUUCAAGAAUUUAAAAUGUGAAUGCACAAGUAGAUCAGUCCCUUUCCUUUUUGCUCUGCAUAUGGUAACAUAGCAAUUUAACAAUAAAAACUUACUGUGCUUGUGUCAGCGUAUGUAGUGUUAGUCUACGAAGAACAUUCAUACUCAGGUUGGAGUGGUUGAGGGUGAUAGCUGAGCAUUAAAAAAAACCUUAACUUUCCCAACAAUUCAGGUCCAAGAAACUGUGAGCUAAACACACCACGUCGUUACACACCUGUCUUGUGGGAUAUAUCCAGAGAGAGGCAUCUGCUCUUGCUCAAAAGAAGAAACUGUCUUUCUUAUCUGGAUAGACCCCCCCCCCCUUACAGUUACUUAAUCAUUCUGUAUUUUCCAUUCCAUGUUAGGGGUAUUUUGGAACUGUGCCUGCAAUAAAUAUUAAUUUGUAAGUGGUA